AUGUUACAUGAUCCGGAUCUCAGUUCGAAUCCGUCCUCCUGCAGUUCGGACGCCGGGGAGGUUUUGAUCCGUUCCACUCGUGUUCCGGACUACGGAGAUGGAGCCCAGCCGGUCCACAUCACCGUCCAGAAGCUGCGGGACCCUCUCCAGCUCCAUCGGACCCAGCAGAACCAGACUCGACAAAUUAGACCAGGACCGAAAUCAGACAACAUGGAUUCGGACCGGGGAUCAGCGGCCUUCCAGUUCGAUCAGAACCGGUCUAUCCGAACCCGCAGCAGUCCGGAGCUGCUGACGUCCUGCUUCACCACUGGACAGAGAGGAGCUGUCCUCCAGGCUUUGAGACAACGCUGUCACAGAGCCCCCGGCAGGAGGGAGGUCAGCGUGCAGCUGCUGGAGCCAAGGCUGCUACGACCCAUUACAGACGCUCAGAACCCUCUGAUGGGUCAGGAUCCAGGUAGUGUGGUGGCAGUUCAGACUGAGCCGGAUCCAUACUCCUGUCACCUGGGGGACACCAGCAACACGGCAGCAGUAGCAGCCGCUACAGCUGUAGCGGCUGCUACUGCUCCUCUCAUCAAGGCUCAGUCGGACAUCGAGGCACAGAUGUCUCAGCUGGCUGAGCGUGUACAGCGACUGCUGCACAACAACAGGGAACCUGAGGGGUGGAGCCUGAGCCAGCAGACGCUGCAGCAGCUGGAGAUGUUGCAGAAACAGCAGCUGCAGCUGCAGAGCCAGCUGCUGGAGUCCGCCCUCAGGAUAGUGACAGACCACGCCCCCAUGACGUCAGACCUGAGAACUGCAGAGAACCAAAACCACCGAGCUGCUGCGGCUGCGGUCCCCGUUUCCAUGGAAACACGCCCCCGUGACCCCAGGCCAGACAAGACCAGGGACCCCUGCUACCUCCAGGAUGUUCCGACUGAAGGGACUCUCUUGCAGUCUUUGGCCAAUCAGAGUCAGGAGACGAUGAAGAGAGCCAAUGAGAUGCUGAAGGAGAUGGAGGCUGUGAAGGCUGAGAUAAAGAUGCUGCUAACGCAGCCAGAAGACUCAGGGUACUACACCAGGCCUGCAUCAGAACCCCUUCAGAUCCAACAAAACCAGCUCAAAUCCCGACAAAUCAAACGUCAUCAAGACCACCUGUCUCAUCAAACCAAGGUCCACCAGCCCAGUUUGGACCUGGACCAGUCCCACCAACACCAUCCCCAAACAGACGAUCAUCUCCAAUUUCAGUCCUUCCAGUUCCAACCCAAACAGACCCACCAGAACCAGCCCAAACACCUAGAAUCCCACCAAAACCAGUCCAAACACCCAGAAACACACCAAAACCAGUCCAAACAUCCAAAAUCCCACCAAAACCAGUCCAAACAUCCAGAAUCCCACCAAAACCAGUCCAAACAUCUGGAGUCACAACAGAACCAGUCCAAUCACCUAGACACUCACCAGAGCAAGUCCCGACACAAACAGUCCCACCAGAAAACUUCUCAACAUCUGGAGUCUAACCAGAACCAGUUACAACACCCACAAUCCCACCAAAACCAAUUCAAGGACCAAAAUCUUCAGUCUAAUCAAACAGCGUCUCAACAAAAUUUCUUUCCGGCGCCUCAAAACCCGUUUCAUGAAAUUCGCGCUCCAGAAGUUCAGAGCCAUCAGUUCCAGUCUAGACUGGUUCAGAAGGGUCCAGUGCAUCUGUCCAUGUUGGAGGAGGCCAGUCAGGUUCUCCGUCAGGCUCGAAGACGGAAGAAGGUUCUGGAGGACAACCUGGAGACCUUGCUCAAAGCCAGGACUGGAGAGAUCCUGCAUUGCCAGCUGGAAGCCCUGGCUGCUAACAGGGAUAUGGCUGAGGAAGUUCGGAUCAAGAAGACCGUAGACUCCUGGAUCGACACCUUAACCAAAGAAAUCCAGUCUCAAGUUCCUCCUAGUCCUCCUCCAAAGGCUGCAGCAUCACAGGUGAAGGCUGCAGGUAGAGGGAAGCCAGUGAGCAUGCUCAGACCAACAGGAAGUAGGGCUGCAGUGAGAAGCAGGGGGCAAGGAGCUGGACGCCAAGUGGGGGCGGAGCCUUCAAGGCUCCCAGGUAAACUGAUGGACAGCCAGCAGCAGCAGGAGGACAGAGAAACACACCUGACUCAUCUGUACGGUAAACUCCCACAUGAAGGUCUGAGACGAACCUUGAAGAGGAGUGCCUACCCUCGCUUCAGCUCUCCCGCUUCACCCCUCAGCCGAAAGCCCCGCCCCCGGCUGGUCGAGAGCAUUAAAGGUGUGACCAUGAAGUCCUGUAAGACUCAGACCAGUUUGGCCCCUCCCCUCACUCUGGCCCCGCCCCUCACCAGGUCACACCUAUCCUCACAUGACCUUGCUCAUCUUGCUAUGACCUCUGCAGACAGUCUCCCUGCUGCCAUGGCAAUCCCACUGGGUCGUCCCAGGUUGGACUCUUCAUCCAGGCGUGAGCGCCCACAGGAAGUGACUUCAGGACUUCCUGUUCCGCUUGCAUCAACUGUGGAGAACAAGAACGAGGAAGCGCCUGAGGAACAGCAGCUGCCUGAAACAGGAACGACUCCUCCAUCAAUCAUCAUGGACAUCCUGGAGGUAGAUUCCCAGAGAGAUGAAGAGGAGAGCAUCCCUGGCCCAGACUGUCAGUUUGUCCCUGAUGUCCUUCAGCAGGAGGUGAGCGAUGCUGGGGAGGAAGCUGUGGUGUUGGAUGGAGGUCCAUCUCCUGCUCCGGUUCUGUACCAAGGUCCAGUCUUUCCUCCAGAAGCCCUCUCCUCCCACCAUGACCAUGACCCGAUUCCUGUUCUGGGCAGCAGCCAGCAGCAGGAGGUCCUGGAGAACCGUCUGGUGGAAUGGGUGGAGCAGCAACUCAUGUCCAGGAUGAUCUCUGAGCUCUACCAGCCUCCUCUGUCUGACCCCGCCCACAAUCAGAAAACUGACCAAUCAGGACUUGAGGAGCGGAGCCUCACCUCAGACAUAGUGGAGGCAGCAGGAGGUGCAGGACUGCAGCUCUUUGUGGAUGCUAAUGUUCCUGUGGAUUCAGAACUAAUCAGGCACCUGGUAAAUGAGGUUCUGACUGAGACUGUGGCCCAGAUUUUGGGUCAGAGAAACGUUUCAGAUGCUGGACAACAAACAGUACCGGAAACACCAGAACCAGGACUUGGAACCAGUGAGGAGGUACAGAACCCGUCCUCACUGUGUGUUAGCUUCCAGUUCCUCCCUGUGUGUUUUACAGAUUGAGUUCUCCUCCAGCAGAAACUGGGUCCAGUGGUCCUCACACCAGUACCAACACCGCAGCCCAGUGAGACCCAGAACAGCAGGGAGACCACACCAGUAACCACUCCACCUCCAUCACCACCAUCCACCCCGCUGAGCACGCACCCUCCUGAGCCACCCACAGCUCCAGAGCCUGUAGCUACACCAGCCUCCACCCCAGAGCCCCAUAUCUUAGAGAGAAGCCCGCCCACUGCUCAUCAGACUCCGCCCCCUCUCACCUUGGAAGAUGCUGAGCUUCCCUUGGAGGAGGAGAGACCAGAGGAGCACCUGGAUCCAGAAACACAGCCUCUGAUCAUGUCAGUAGCCGAGGAGGAGCCUCCUGUCUGCUCUCCCCAGCCUCCUCCUCCUCCUCCCCCUCCCCCUGAGUCCGUUGGACCUGAACCUGGAUCCCACUGCAGCUCCUCAGAUGACCUGAGCUCCAGCAGCUCCACGGUGACGGCAGAGACCGAAGCAGCUCUGAAGCACAUCUCUGAGGGAGAACUGCUGAUCAGCGUGAGCCAUUUGGCUCCUCCCACAGAGGAUGAGGCCGUCUGCAGUUUCUCCAGCUCCCUGCAGGAGCUGCAGGAAAUGGACUUUGAUCCGCCCGCUUACGAAGAGGUCAGAGGUCGUGACCUCCUGCUGACCCUGUUGACCAAGAUGGAUCAAGGUGUCACUCACAGAGGAGAGAGGCUGCAGCCUGAGGGCUCCUGGGGGAGGGAGGAGGAGGUGGAGGAUGAUGUGAGUGUCGGGGAGGUCAGAGAAUACGAGGCCACAGAUCCGGUUCGACCAGAUCUGACCUGCUCUAACGGACAGUUCAGUAAAGCAGCAGCAGGACAGCAGGAGAAAGAGGAAAAGCAAGGAGGAGUCAUGAAGAUGGACACCUUCUUGCCAACCAUCAGACCCCCGGAGGAGCAGGAAGGGAGGGAGCGCCCCAGUGCUGCAGCAGAUACAGACUCCUCCACCAGCGAUGUCUUCUGAUCAAACAGGACAGAUGUUGGUCUCAUCUCUGGUCAGCCAGAUACACUUCCUGUCACCUGAGACUUCCUGUCUCAUGUUACUUCCUGUUUCCUGUG